GAGGACAUGAAGAGGCGGCAUGGAUACAGUACUUCUGCUGGUGUCACUAUGCAUCUCAGCUGCUUUCUGCAACAACGAGGAAGAGAGGCUCUUAAAUGACUUGAUGAAGAAUUACAAUAAGAACUUGCGUCCUGUGGAAAAGGAUGGCGACAUUAUCAGUGUCAGCAUAAAAUUGACCCUUACCAACCUCAUUUCCCUGAAUGAGAAAGAAGAAGCUCUGACAACCAAUGUCUGGGUUGAAAUGCAAUGGAAAGACUAUCGCCUGAGCUGGGACCCCAAUGAUUACCAUGGUAUUAGCAUGAUGCGAAUUCCCUCAACCUCGGUGUGGCUUCCAGAUGUGGGCUUAGAAAAUAAUGUGGAUGGGACAUUUGAUAUUGCACUAUACACCAACACGUUGGUAUCCUCAGAUGGUUCCAUGUACUGGCUUCCUCCCGCCAUCUACCGGAGCUCAUGCCCUGUUGUAGUCACCUAUUUUCCUUUUGACUGGCAGAACUGUUCCAUAGUGUUUCAGUCACAGACUUACAGCGCUAAUGAGAUCGAAUUACUUCUUACAGUUGAUGAACAGACAAUCGAAUGGAUAGAAAUAGACCCUGAAGCAUUUACAGAAAAUGGGGAAUGGGCAAUAAAACACAUGCCAGCCAAGAGAAUUAUAAAUCACAGGCUCCCUCGUGAUGAUGUCAAUUAUCAGCAAAUUGUCUUCUAUCUCAUCAUUCAACGGAAACCUCUCUUCUACAUCAUCAACAUCAUUGUACCCUGUGUCCUUAUCUCCUUCGUCAGCAUCCUCGUCUAUUUCUUACCUGCCAAAGCUGGAGGACAGAAGUGUACUGUGUCCAUCAACAUCCUACUGGCCCAGACUGUCUUCCUUUUUCUUGUUGCCCAGAAGAUUCCAGAGACUUCAACAUCUGUGCCACUAAUUGUAAAGUAUCUGACAUUUCUGAUGGUUGUGACUAUUACAAUUGUUGCCAACGCUGUCAUAGUUUUAAAUAUCUCUCUUCGCACACCAAAUACUCACAGCAUGUCAAGCACUGUCCGAGAGCUCUGUUUGAGAACUGUCCCUCGUCUACUGAGGAUGCACCUCCGCCCAACUGAUGCAGCACCUCCUCUAGCACCACUAAUGCGUCGCAGUAGCUCUUUGGGAUUGAUGAUGAAGGCGGAUGAAUAUAUGCUGAGAAAACCUCGCAGCCAGCUCAUGUUCGAGAAACAAAAGGAAAGAGAUGGACUCAUGAAAGUGGUGCUAGAUAAAAUAGGAAGGGGAAUGGAAAACAAUACAUCAGAUGAUCUUGUCCACAGCCUGAACCAUGCAGCUCCAGAGAUUCGCACUUGUGUGGAAGCCUGCUGCCAUAUUGCCAGUGCGACUAGAGAGAAGAAUGACUUUAAAAGCGAGAACGAAGAGUGGAUCUUGAUGGGGCGAGUGAUUGACCGGGUCUGUUUCUUGGUUAUGUGUUUCGUUUUUUUCCUUGGAACCAUUGGAACCUUCCUAGCAGGCCACUUUAACCAAGCCCCAGCACAUCCUUUUCCUGGAGACUCCAAGCUCUACCAGCCAAGUACUUGAAAGGAUCAGUAGUGACCUCUUGCUCCUGAGCCAUACUAACAUGGUUGAUUGCAGAAUUUCUACCUCUUGUAAUGGUGAAAUGGCAGUUGUAAGUCUGCAAGGCUUGCUGCUUUUCCUUUGAGCAGGAUUCCAUGGAUAAUGCUGUAAGACAGGUUUGGAUCUACAAAAAAGUUGACUCUGUAUGAGCUGUUCAGAGCUGGUUUAGGCAGAUUUUGUAUUGAUGGUGUCACCCGAGUGGCUGACACUCUUCACAACAAUUUGAGUGCACUGGGAUAUUGUUGAUGGGAGAUGUAUGAUAACUGAAGAUAAUGAGUGGAAAUGCCAAUCCACAGCUUUUUUCUUUCAUUUUUACAGCAAAGAAGAUAUGUUCAUCUUAUUAUUUGUUUCUCUGUGUAUUGAAACUGUGCCAAAUUCUGAAAUGUAAGAAAACUUUGCCAUUAAAUAUUGUAAUAAAUCAAGCUUGUUUUUUCCUUGGCA